AUGUGGGUCUGCCCCGCUGGGUCCGGUCCGCCUGUCUGCGUGGCGACGUUCACCCGCCUGUCCGGGGACGAUCGGACAGUGGACACGGCUGCUGCUGGUCGUGAAGCUUUCUACGACCGGAUGGGGCUUAAGAGGUUCCAGGAUGAUAGGCUUGCCUGCACAAUAGUGCGUAUGAUGCAUCGUUACAUCGUUCUCUUGCUUGCCGUGGGCCUGCUACCAACCCAGUCACAGCGCAUUCACUCAUUUAAGAACUGGGCAACGUUGCGGGAUGCUAAUUGGAGCAGCCUUCUUUUCGAGCCAUCGGCUUUCGUCGUGAAAUCUCAUGUUCGCCUACGAAAUCGGCCUGAGGGAUACCAGCCAAGCACAGAUUGUUCGAAAUAUGUUGGGAUGGGCUACCUCGAUCUUAUCAGGAGCAGCAAGCAAAUGCUGUGCAGCCAAGGGCGCUCAGCUUCCAUCAGGAAAUUGCAUGCUUCCAGCGAUGUCCGCAGUCAGAAGGAGCCAUCGUUGUCUUCGUCACAGUCUUCAGUUGAUUGCUACACGGCGCCGCACGUCCAAAUGGGAAGUAAGGCAUCUAUAUCCUUAUGCCGUAGCCGCAACAUGGUAUUAGACACCUGCGCAUUCUUGUCUGGGCGGCGAAAAGGCACCCUUACCAAAAAGUUUCCGCUGCCAGCCCAGGGCUCGGUCAAGCUGGCGUGCGACAUGGCAAACUACACGAGUUUAAUGGAGAGCAGCAGCGACCUGCAGUGGCUUAACUCUUUACAUCACGAAGUCUGGUGGUUAAACGCGACACGGGACGAUAGCGCUGUGGCGAAAUUUUGCGCUUCCGGGUCGAAGAGCUUGGUGACUACGCCCACGCUGUUCGUAAUGCGCGAUCGGCAUGCCAAUUACGCCCAUGAGAUGGAGACGGUGUCCAUGGCAUUCUCCUUCCUGGCGGCGUUGGAGCCAGCGGAUGUUGCGCAGCGGGGGAUACAGGUGGUGAUUGUGGACCAGGCGCCGCCCACGGGGUUCCUAGAGACCUGGGCGCGAAUUUCCCGCCCGUAUCGCCUCCGCAUCUUGGCCCAUGACCCCUUCCCAGCAAACACCUGUUUCCGCUCCGCUUACCACGUCUAUACCUUUGCCGCGGGCAUCGGCUACAACACCAACGGUGAGACAGUCAGCUGUGAGAGCCCCGUGGCAAUGGGCCUGAGCCAUUGGCUUCGCCAACUUUACGAGGAGCGCGACCCAGCAAUGCCAGUGGAUCCAGACCUGUUGACGCCGGCCUUAGCAGCGGCGGCGACAGCUGGGCCAGUAGCUGCGGCGGCGGGGGUGCGCGGUAUGCGGGCGCCCACGUCUGGCAUCGUAAUGAAGAAUGUGGUUUGGCUGAGCCGGAGGAAUUUGGAGCUUGUGCGCCUACUGCUGAACGCAUCUGUGGGCUGGAAGGCCAUGCGAAUGGUCCGCAAUGAGGAUCAGGUGGUUGCGGGAAUGCUAGCGGCAGUGCAGGAAUGGAACUCCGAGAGCUGCCUUGUGCGCGCCUUCGAGCGAGACAUUCAGAAGGCGUACGAGGAGUCGCUGUACACGGUGAAUCCCAUACACAUCGGCCCCGGUGGGAAUUCCGGCGAGAGUGGAAAAGUGGGCGCGGCGCGGAGGAGAGCGUCAACUACAUCCCCGAAGCCACGCAAGGGCCGGCAUCGGCGGAAGCUGCAUGGGGCGGUAGCGGACGGCGGAUUGGAGAUGGAACCACCCGACCUCAACUCGAGCGACUUGGGCGAAGAUCUUGGCCAAGAAGGCGAUGAUUAUAAUCUGGGCUCAGAACAUCAGGAUGGAGCCGGGCAGGACCAGCAGCACAUGGCAGGCGAGCAUGAUAUGGAGGUGGCAAGGGCUGGCAGCAGCAGCGUGGGCGAAGGUGGCAGGACGGCGCGAUCGGUACUAGCGUCAAAGGGUACCGGCGGAAGCGACAUUGACGAGCACGGCAACGACGGUGACGAUGAGGAAGAAGACGUCAGGUUAACAACACGCACCGAUAGAGGCGACGAUGAGGACGAAGAGACAGGGGACUCAGGUUGGGGUUUGGACCGUGACCCUUUGCGAUCCAAAUUUGGAUCUAAGGGUCAGAGCAGCGCCAAGGCAAUUUCCAUGGAGAGCCUUUGGGAAGACACCACGGGCUUGGGCAACUGCCGCCGUACCAAUGUGCUCUUCACCUUCGUUGACGGGGAUUUCAACGACAUCCCGUACCACCAACAGCUCAAGCUGAUCUUUCGCACAGGCGUGCUCGUGGGCGUGCACGGCGCAGGCCUGACGCACGGUUUCUUCAUGCCUCCAGGACAGAGCGCUGUGUUGCAGCUUCUGGGUGACUCUUUUGCACAGGUUCCCGCCAACAACGUGUUUCGGAACAUGGCUGUGGGCCUAGGCAACUUCUAUCAGGACGUCAUGUACGAAGGGGUGGACGUGAAGAUCAGCGUGCUGAAGCAAGCUGUCAAAAGAGCCAUGGACUUCGUGGCCACCCAGGUGAUGGAUGCCCAGAUCAAGCAGUUCGGCGGCACGCUUCCUCCAUUAGUUUUGGACGACCAAAACCACUUCUCUAUCGUCGUGCCCUCGCCGUUGCAAUGCCCCCGCAACCGGACAGUUCCAUGGUGA